CGUAUGACACGCGCUUCCGCGUCAGGGAGCCGGUGGCGGAUCCCGGGACGUGGAGACCCGGGGUCCCGGCAGCGGGGCGGCCCGCGGGCCACGGCGGGGAUGCACCGUCGUGGGGUGGGAGCUGGCGCCAUCGCCAAGAAGAAGCUUGCCGAGGCCAAGUACAAGGAGCGAGGGACUGUCUUGGCUGAGGACCAACUGGCCCAGAUGUCAAAGCAGUUGGACAUGUUCAAGACCAACCUGGAAGAAUUUGCCAGCAAACACAAGCAGGAGAUCCGGAAGAAUCCUGAGUUCCGGGUGCAGUUUCAAGACAUGUGUGCCACUAUUGGAGUGGAUCCUCUGGCCUCUGGAAAAGGAUUUUGGUCUGAGAUGCUAGGCGUGGGAGACUUCUAUUAUGAGCUGGGUGUCCAGAUUAUUGAAGUGUGCCUGGCCCUGAAGCACCGGAAUGGAGGUCUGAUAACUUUGGAGGAACUGCAUCAACAGGUGUUAAAAGGAAGGGGCAAAUUCGCCCAGGAUGUCAGCCAAGACGACCUGAUCAGGGCCAUCAAGAAACUAAAGGCACUCGGCACUGGCUUCGGCAUCAUCCCUGUGGGUGGCACUUACCUCAUUCAGUCUGUUCCUGCUGAGCUCAAUAUGGAUCACACUGUGGUGCUGCAGCUGGCAGAGAAAAAUGGCUAUGUGACUGUCAGUGAUAUCAAGGCCAGUCUUAAAUGGGAGACGGAGCGAGCGCGGCAAGUGCUGGAACACCUGCUGAAGGAAGGGCUGGCUUGGCUGGACCUGCAGGCCCCAGGGGAGGCCCACUACUGGCUGCCAGCUCUCUUCACAGACCUCUACUCCCAGGAGAUUACAGCAGAGGAGGCCAGAGAAGCGCUUCCCUGACUGGGAAUGAAGUGGGCACAGCAGCCGGCAGGGAGGAGAGGGAGGAGCUGGUGGUGAAUAAAACCUGGACAACUUUGUUUUAAAAAAUAACCAAAAAAACCCCACCAAAAAUUCCAAGUUUUUUUCUUCCCCCAAUAUUCUUCAUUCAUUACUUUAUUAUUUUUUUUGAAGUGCCUUCACAUUGCAUUUUUAUUGGAGAAAACCUUGUUUAUCCACUAAGGGUAACCUGAGUAACAGAAAACAGUGAGCACAUAUAAAAUGACUUGCACAGGUCAUCUACUACAAGGUCAUGGUAGAGCUGGGCCUAGAAUGAAGGCUGUCUUAUCUCCUGGCUAAGACAGUCUAGUCUCUGUAGCCCUGAGACAUAAAUUCUAGUCUCUGUUAAUUCCAACCCCUUCCUCACAAGAUGUUAUCACAAAUGAGCAGACCCUAAUAGGCCAAUAAAUAUUCACUUUCAGUCUCUUCCAGCUUCCUUUGUAGAGGUUCCAGCUUAUGGCAGCAGACGUGGCUGUGAGUGUGAAGGAAAUACAGGUCAAUGUUAAAUGGUGGUUAGAGCAAAGAAAAUGGAAUGAGAGGAAUCAACCAAUAAUGGAUGCAAUAUUUCUCAAAUUCCUUACUGACUUUCCCUCCUAUAGUGAUCACCAGGUCCCUCUAGCCUUAUUGGUGGGAAUCAUUUAUUGAACACCCAUGAGACACCCAGUUUUAUAUACCUUUUAUAUAGCCCUCACAAUAUUAAAAGUCAAGUAGGUGUCCUAACUUUUCAGGUGAGGAAUCUUUUUUUUUUUCAGGUGAGGAAUCUUAAUUGACAGGGGCCACCUACCACCUUAAGCAGAACUCAAGUUAGAGCCUAGGCCAACUAACCCCCGAGUCCAGGCUUGCCUUUAUCUAGCUUUGCCUGGCACAGGUUAAUAGAGUUCAUAUUUAAUUUCUUCUUAUACAGAUGGUCAACCAAGAGAAGCCUUUGUACCAGAAAGCAAGAGCCUUCUAUAGCAAAUAGAGGAGAUGAGCUGGGUGGCCAGUUAAGCCCUGUCUUCGUGGUCUUUAAUUCUAAAUUCCCAAGGGUUGGUUUGCUAUCAGAAAACUGAAAACCCAAUAGUUUGGAAUAUCCAUACUGAUACACCUUUCCCUUACCAAGGGGAUAGUCUGACUAGCUAGCACUGUCUGUCCUUUAGGACAUGUUCACUUCCUGAAUAGGUAUUUCUUUGAAAGCAACUGAGACCAAGAUGGCACUCCUCUCCUUGACUGCCAAAGUUACAGCCUCAAAAAAAGGACCGUAUUUCUGAUGGAUGGAAACUCUUGUCACUAGCAGUUCUGCUUCCACACCUCAUUAUGUAACCCAAGUUUCUGGCUUCCAAUGAGCACUAUCUUUAUUCAACAGUUUCAGGCCUAGGUGAGAGGUGUGGUUGUUAAAAUGAUCACAUUCCUCCUUUUACACAAACCCUCCCACACCCACAGGCGCUUCCUCCUUCUGCCAAAACAAACUUUAUUGCACCAAAAAGGAAAAAAAAAAUUCAUUUAUGUACAGUCAGAUAUAAAGACAUCUCUUUGA